GAGCAGGCAGCUCAAGGCUUCCGGGGACUCGGCAGCUGUGCAGAUACAGGAGCCCGAGGGAGAUAAGCUGUGGACUCCACCUGAGCACACCUUGCUUGAGCAAAGCUGGCCAGGUACAAAUACCAGCAGGCUGCAUGUCGUGAGCAUGCCUGCCUGCUCCUCCACUCCACCACGCUGCCGACGACAUGAAGUUCACAAUGGUCUUCAUUGGCCUGCUCGGGCUCCUCAUAGCUCCCGGGUUUGCUUACAACAUCAAUGUCAAUGAUGACAACAACGUAGCCGGAAGUGGACAGCAGUCAGUGAGCAUCAACAACCAGCACAACGUGGCCAAUGUCGACAACAACAACGGCUGGGACUCCUGGAAUGCCCUCUGGGAUUAUGAGAAUAGUUUUGCUGCAACCAGACUCUUCGCCAAGAAAUCAUGCAUCGUGCACAAAAUGAACAAGGAUGUCAUGCCUUCCCUCCAAGAGCUUGACACACUGGUCAAGGAGCAAAAGGGUAAAGGAGGAGCAGCCCCCAAAGACUUGGUGUACUCCAUCAACCCUGCCAGAGUGGAGGACCUGAAUAAAUUUGGGCCAAAGAUUGCUGGCAUGUGCCAGGGUAUCCCAACCUAUGUGGCUGAGGAGAUUCCAGGACCGACCCAGCCUUUCUACUCACAGAAGUGCUACACUGCUAACAUUCUCUGGAUUCUACGGUUGUCCUUCUGUGGAACAUCAACGGAAACUUACUAGAAGAUACUGUGGAUUUGCUCAUCAGAAAAGCCAAAUGUGGGCCCUGGCUAUCGCGAUACCUAAUUAUCAGGACGUUCUCUGAGAGUUAUGAUUAGCUUCUUUAAUUAAGGCUUAAUAAACCCACC